AAUUGACAGACAGUAUAGUAAGACACUGCAAAUUGCAUGUUGAAGCUGAAGUGCUUGUGCUAACAAAUUGGUAACAACAUGAACAAUUCAAUAAUCCAAAUGUUUAAUCCUUACAACUGGAUGGAUAAAGCCGUAGUUUAUAAUCAAAGAUACGACGUAGUACCAUGCGAGUGGAUAAGAAAAAAUACAGACGUCCUUGUCUUACUCUUUACAGCCCGAGGGAUAGACAAAGAUGGUAUUAUAGUGAAAUUCUACGAAAUAUAUGAAAGUAUCAAAUUACUUAAUCUACCAAUAGAAGUAAUUUAUGUACCAAUGGACGAAACUGAAGCAGAAAUGAAACAAAGCUACGAAACGCAAGCAAAUUGGUUUACUCUCAGCAUUCAUGAUCCCCUGGUACUUACUCUCAAAUAUAUGUAUGAUAUUACGUGUAUACCUCAUAUAGUAGUUCUAAAAAUUGAUGGAUCUAUAAUAUCUACUCACGGGGUCAUAGACCUAGAAAAGUAUGGGAAAAAUGCUGUACUAACAUGGCUUUCUACAUCUGCUUCGACUAAAAAGCAUAGGAAACUGAAUAAGGAUGCAUCGAUGUAUGGCGAGAAAUGGAAUUACUUGAAUGUGCGACCAAAUUCAUCAAAAUAUGAUUCGUAUCGAAGGAAAUUCAAUGUUCCCGAAACUUCUUAAAUUAGUUUUCUUCAAUGAAUACCAAAUAAUUCGUUUAUUCUAUUUAACUAAAAUUUCCUUUCUAACGUUUAUCUUUUCAUUCUCUGCUAGUAGACCUUGGUGAAUAUUGUCUGAUGUUGUUAAAAUUCCUGUAACUUGCAAAAUCUUCAAUCAUCAAUUAAACAAGUGUUUCAUUACUCCAUAUUUCAAUGGUUAUUGUUACUGUGAGCGGGAA